GUGAGACCCAAGCUUGCUCAGGCAUCUCUCAAUACAAGUGACCUCCAGUUAAGCUGCUGCGCUGUUCUUUUCACCUGUGCAUCGUUUGUGUCUGCCUCUUUCGACACGACACAAGACCCAACGCACCCUGCUUGCUCACUUCCCCCUGCCAAAUGCCACGUUCAAGCUGAGCAACACUUUACCUGGACAGCAUCCUGAGCUCACACAACAGGUAGACCAGCAAUCCUAGGCCGAGCGAGACUGCUGCCUACCGCAUUGUCGACACUCGUAAUUGACAGCAGGACAGGACGCAUCACCACCACGGCAGUCAAAUUGGCGCCUCUUCAGUUCUUCCGAGCUGCUCGUCCCCGGUGUCACAAUCCUGGGGUCAGGCUACCUCGUCUAUUCCGCCAGCGCUUCUGGGGACCCUUCCCCUCCAAGCCUGGCCCUCUCAGCCGGUCUGGGUCAAACAACAUGACGCCACCACAAAAGCCGUCCCCCGGCGCCAAUGAUGCGUCCGCCCAGCCAGCUGGGACGACAGACAAAAAGCCGGAGAAGUCAUAUUUCGCAUCCGCCGUUGAGUCGAUAAACCCGUGGGGUGCUAGUAGAAGCAGCACUCCAACACCAAAGGAUGGGACAGCGCCUCCGCCUUCGAAACCGGCCGCAGGUGGGACGGCCCCCAAAAAGGCCGAUGACCAUAGCAUCAACAGUCUUUACGGACGCAGCUUCAAGAGCUACCCACCGGAUUGUCCUCCGUUGAAGGUGAUGUGGUUUCAUGCCAUUGACAUACCGAAGAGGAAACCACAGUUUCUCAAGUCCAAGAAGGAGGCUGAGGAGGUGAAGCCGAAUCCAGCCAAGAAAUUCUUAGCCUUCUCGAAUGAUGACGCACGGUCUAUCGAAGCUUCUUACCAGAGGCUGCUUGAGGAAGCGGAAGCUGAUCGUAUGGCAUCGAGAAGUGGCCAUUUUCGUUCUCGGUCCCAGACACAGAACAGUACGACCAAAUCGGGAGGGUCUGAUCCCACAUCGGGAGGCGGGUCGAGGCCCAACGCCAAAGUUCCUGUCAACGAAGACUACCUGUUCGAGGUUGAUAUUGAUACACGAGAGCUGGCUCCAGUGUACUGGCUUGGCCCUAUCUAUGAAGUGCGACGUGGUACUUGGUUCUAUCAGGAAGCCUCCACUUUGCGGCCAUGCGAUGAGAACCUCGCGGCGCAGCUCGAAGAGGGCUAUCUGAAGGUGAAGCCGUGGGCCUACGCCGGUCGCGGCCGGAGCAACUCUGGCGCCCCGCAAGACGUCACCCCUAAAGCGUCUGUCGAGAAUCUCAAGUCGGCAGCCAAAGCUCAGAGCGACGCAGUGCCAAAGAACACGACUACAACAGCGACUGCGGAACAGCAACAGCCUCAAGCUCACAGACUGUUUGGCACUUAUAUGAACAGCGUGGCCACGUAUCAGGACGCAAACACGGCGUGGCUCUCAUCUGAGGGCGUCUUCUCGUGGGUGACCUCCAGCGUGUAUCAGCGUUUUGCAGGUGGGGGCUACAUGAAUGGUGUCAAGCUUGUUCGGGGUUAUACGGACCCUGGGAAGGCAAAAGAUGAGAAAAAGACCACAACACCUACAACAGCGACAUUCCCCGAAGGUGCCGCCAAGGCUGAAGGCGACGGCACCCCAAAAGCGCUCAAACGAAGAUCCGCACCGGCCUCGGCGCAGAGUGAGGCCGGACUGGUGCGGGUCGAGGACAGGCCGGAUCAGGUGAAAAGUACUGCUGGUUCUCAGCUCAAGGACAAGCUCUCGUCUGUUCUUGACACCUCGCAAAGUACAGCAACGCAGGAUGAAGAAGUUCGUCAACUCGAGGAGCAAGAGAUCCGCGAUGACUACACAGGCCAGGAUGGUGAGAAACAGGGGCGCGAAAUCGAGCACCUCGUUCUGGUCACCCACGGGAUCGGUCAGAUGUUGUCCAUGAGGAUGGAGAGUGUCAAUUUCGUGCAUGAUGUCAACUUGUUGCGAAAGACAACCAAGUCUGUCUAUACAUACUCGGCAGAUCUCAAGGCGCUCAACGGUGAGCCCGAGAACGGACCAGGCAACUGCAGAGUGCAGGUCCUGCCGGUCUGCUGGAGACAUAUGCUUGACUUUCCCAAACGCAAGGAGAAGAAGGGCGAGCAUGACCUUACUGAUGCGUUCGCCGAUGAGGAUGAAUAUCCGUCCUUGGAAGAUAUCACUAUCGAGGGCCUCGCUUUCGCACGUUCCCUCAUCUCGGAUCUCGCGCUGGACGUCUUGUUAUACCAAAGCGCGUACCGGGAGCAGAUCACGGAGAUUGUGCUGAAAGAGUGCAAUCGGAUAUAUCAUUUGUUCAAACAAAGAAACCCCGGCUUCAAGGGGAAGGUUCAUAUUGCUGGGCACAGUCUUGGCUCUGCCAUCAUGUUCGACAUUCUUUGCCGGCAGAAGGAGAAAAGCCAAGAGCAACAAGUCCUGCGCAAUCCAAAGCGCGCUGCUCCUAGCCAGAGCCACUCGAAAGAGUUGUCGUUUGACUUUGAGGUGGACGACUUUUACUGUUUAGGAUCACCUGUUGGUCUGUUCCAAAUGCUCAAAGGACGGACAAUUGCGGCUCGAAAACAGCCAAACGCGGCCCCGUCUGAGAGUCCUCUAGUUCCCGAGGACGACGACCCUUUCCUGCUAGCUGAGCAGCGCAUGGAGCGUGUCUCUCCAAUCACAGGCCUCUCUUUCUCGGUAUCGUCUCCCAAGGCUGCACAGCUGUUCAACAUCUUCCAUCCCUCCGACCCCAUCGCAUACAGGCUAGAGCCCCUGAUCUCGCCGGCCAUGUCGUCAUUGAAACCGCAAAUACUGCCAUACACCAAAAGAGGCUUCCUCGGCGCGGUCGCCCCCCAAGGCUUGUCUGGCAUAGGAGUCAAAGUCGGACAGAGCGUGUCUGGACUGUGGUCAGGCAUUACCUCGGGGAUAGCAAGCAGUCUCCUCACUCGCGGUCUCGGCUUCACAAAUGAGGAUGUCGCGGCCUUCAACGCGUCAGGUCAAGCACAACAAACACAAGCUGCGACGGCGGCAGCGGCAGCAGCGGCGUCCAGCAACUCAUCUCCUCCCCUAGCCGCUGGCACCAACAUCGGCGACGCGGCUGGUGUUGUCUCGACCGAGAAGGCAGCGAUGGAGAGCGCCUCUCAGAAGGCCGACAUGCGCAAAAGGGCACUCGCCAGACAUGGCAGCAUGUCUCCCAGCCUCAGCCGCCGGGCCACUGGCGGCGGGGCAAAUCAGCAGUCAGGAGCCGAAGAGGGCACAGAGAGCAACCCCAUUCUCAUUGACGAUGAGCUCGAGACGCUGUACGCACGAUUCCAGAAGAAGCGCGUCGAGGAGCACAAGGACAGCAUCAGCCGCGCCGACGAGGGUCAGGAGCUCGGUGAGGCAUGGGCCGCCGAGGAGCGCAAGGCCCAGAAGCUCCGCCGCGAAGAGCUCAAGGUUAGGGCGCUUAACAGGAACGGUCGCGUCGAUUACGCUAUCCAAGAGUCUGCGCUCGACUUCAACCCCAUAAACACAAUCGCCUCGCACAUGUGCUACUGGCAAGACGAGGAUGUCAGUCACUUCAUGCUCUCGCAGAUGCUGUCGAACCGGUCUAUGGCCAAGGUGACGGACGAGCCUCUGAAGUUCAACUUUGGGCAGCACUGAUGGCUUCCAGCUGCAGUACCAUGGAAGCAUCCACCGUUUGGAUAUUGUCAGAUCUGGAACCAGUCUGCAACCGUGCACCAUCGUUUAAUCCCAGUUCCCGCGUUGUUUGGUCAAUAUUAUCAUAGAGGGAUAGACAUGUCACAGCCCUAUACACAAGCGAAAUGCAACAGCGAUGAUCUGCAG